CUAGUGUUUCGAAAGUGCCCAUCACUAGAUUGAGGAUUGUCCUCUUAUGCUUGCCGUAUUGCGUCGAGGUUAAAGGGGAAAGUUUUCAGCAUGGCGCUCUGAAAGCAAAACAACGCGAAUAUAACCAAUUAAAGAGCAGAACAACUCUAUAUUUUCCCUUAAAUUCCUACGGAUUUCUCAGUGUUUCCCAAUACGAUUGAUUUUGUCGUCUUUUCAAUCAUGCCGUCUGCUUGUGACUCUCUUGUUGAUGAUAUCGAGGAUAUGGUAACCUCCAAUGACCCUACACCCCAUGAGCGCCAGUUUGCCAGGGGAAGCAUUGUGCCUCGUGCACGCAAGCACAAGCAACAGCCUGUAGGAGAAGAGCUUCUGGCAGACAGUGUGAUUCCUGGCACACAGAAGAUCUGGGUGAGGACGUGGGGCUGCUCUCACAACAGCUCUGAUGGCGAAUACAUGGCGGGGCAGUUGGCUGCCAGCGGUUAUAAGAUAACAGAGAAUCCAUCUGAUGCUGAUCUGUGGUUACUGAACAGUUGCACAGUCAAAAACCCUGCAGAAGAUCACUUCAGGAACUCCAUAAAGAAAGCUCAGGAGCAGAAUAAGAAGGUGGUUUUAGCGGGAUGUGUGCCACAGGCCCAGCCCAGGAUGGACUACCUGAAAGACCUGAGCAUCAUCGGGGUUCAGCAGAUUGAUAGAGUGGUGGAGGUUGUGGACGAGGCUGUCAAAGGUCACUCUGUGCGUCUUCUGGGUCAGAAGAAGGAGAAAGGGAAACGACUGGGAGGAGCGCGGCUGGAUUUGCCCAAGAUCAGAAAGAACCCGCUGAUUGAAAUAAUUUCCAUCAAUACAGGCUGUCUGAACGCUUGCACGUACUGCAAAACCAAACACGCUAGAGGGGAUCUGGCCAGUUACCCCAUAGAGGAGCUGGUAGAGAGAGCCAGACAGUCUUUCCAGGAGGGUGUCUGUGAGAUCUGGCUGACCAGUGAGGACACGGGUGCGUACGGCCGUGACAUCGGCACUGACCUGCCGUCUCUGCUCUGGGAACUGGUGAAGGAGAUCCCGGAGGGAGCGAUGUUGCGCCUGGGCAUGACCAACCCACCCUAUAUUUUGGAACAUCUGGAGGAAAUGGCCAAAAUCCUUAACAACCCGCGAGUCUACGCCUUCCUCCAUGUGCCUGUCCAAUCAGCAUCUGACAGCGUCCUGAUGGACAUGAAGAGAGAGUACUGCUGUGCCGACUUUAGACAGGUCAUGGACUUCCUUAAGGAGAAGGUUCCAGGCAUCACUAUUGCCACUGACAUCAUCUGCGGCUUCCCAGGUGAGACGGAUGAGGACUUUGAACAGACAAUGGAACUCGUGAGGCAGUACCGCUUUCCCAGCCUCUUUAUUAACCAGUUCUACCCACGACCUGGAACUCCUGCAGCCAAGAUGGAACAGAUUCCAGCACACGUGAAAAAACAAAGAACCAAAGAUCUCUCCGCUCUCUUCCACUCAUACAACCCUUAUGACCACAAGAUUGGAGAAAAGCAGCAUGUCCUGGUCACUGAAGAGUCCUUUGACUCCCAGUACUACGUGGCCCACAACAAGUUCUAUGAGCAGGUGCUGGUGCCGAAGAAGCCUGAGUUCAAAGGGAAGAUGAUCGAAGUGAAUAUAUAUGAGGCUGGGAAGCACUACAUGAAGGGACGGCCAGUGGAGGAUGCACAGGUCUUCACUCCCUCUAUUGCUCAGCCUCUUCAGAAGGGCCAGGUGUCUGGACUCCCUCAGGUCAGUCUACUUGACCAUGUCUUAUCGGAUUAGCUUGUUCUACGUCUU